GCUACAGUUUUUGAACCGUGCUCUUUAACAGUGAAAUGAUCUGGACCACUCGUUGUGAUCCGACGGUUAGCAUACUGUGAGCGUGACUUAGCCAAGCCGAGCCGUCAAGUCACGCCAAAUCUAAAGGCAGCGUUGGUGGGAGGUCGGACUUUAUGGUUUUCUAUUCAAGAAGGAAAAAUAAAAUUGGAUUGAUGAUGAAAAAAGACCCUCCCGUUCCUCUCUUCUCUAUCCGGAUAUCCUCAGUAGACAAAUAUGGCGGAAGAUCUACCUCUGCUCGCAGGGAGGUCGGCGGCAACGCUUGCCCUGUCGUUGCUGGAUAAAGCCUUCUCCCACCUGGCCGGCGGAGCCGAAGAAAUUUACAAGGAAGAGCUGCUGGAAAGUGUCCGGAGGAUCCUGACAAUCUUGGACGAAGCCGAGCGCCGGCUGAUCAAAUGGCGGUUCCCGAGCCUCGAAAUCUCUAUCUGGGAGUUCACUAGGGCCGUCGACGAGAUCGAGGACGCCGUCGACGAGAUCCAAUACCACAGGCUAGAGGACGCGGCCGUUCGCCGCGGCCCCGUCUCCAAGCUUGUCAAGAGGAAGAUUCUUGCUAGGUUCGUGCCUGGCAGCGGCCUGGAGAGGCUGAGGGAGGCCGUGGUGAGACUGGGCCAUAUGGCGUCCGUCGUGUACCGAUACUACCAGCGCUCGGUCGCUCGCCGUGCUCCGGGGGUCGCCGCGCCCUCUCCCUCCGAGCACGAGCGCUACCCGAGCUGGAUCGCGGCGGAUGCGGUGGUCGGCCGAGACGAGGAGAAGGGGCAGGUGAUGCGGUGGCUGAUGAAGCUCCCAGCUGAAGAGGCUGAAACUAACCCAGUGUCGGCUUUUGCAAUAGUGGGGAUGGCCGGCAUGGGGAAAUCAGCACUGGCUAAACUCGUUCACGACGACCCGCAGGUGCCAACCAAUUUCGACAUUGUUGUCUGGGUGAAGGUGUCAUUUGAGUUCAGAGCCGCGGCAGUGGUCAGUGACAUACUGAGAUCGAUUGCUGCCACGGAACCUGGAUCCUCUGCUUCUGCUCAUUUGGCAGAGAAGCUCAGAGAUAAGAAGCUUCUGCUCAUUCUAGAUGAUGUCUGGGAAGACGAGAUGAGGGGAAGAUGGGAAGAUUUGCUGUCCCCAAUACGGUCUGCCAAGAGAGGAAGCAAAAUCCUGUUGACCACUAGGAUGCAAUCAGUAGCAGAUAUGGCUGCCACCACAAUAGGAGGUGAAUUUGAGUGUCUGAAACUGGAUGGAUUACAGGAGAGCGACAAUUUCUUGCUCUUCAAAAGCCUACUGAAUCCUGAUGUGAACUCGGAAGAUUAUGCCAACCUUCUGCUGAUUGGUGAACAGAUAUCGAAAAGGUUUGGAGCCUGCCCCUUCCUAACACUAGCGGUCGUUUCGCACCUGAGGGAUGAUUUGAAAACUAGUUGGACUGAUGUACUGCAACAACAUUGGUACCAAAUUGAAGGAAUUUAUAGCAUUCUUCCAUCUCUCAAACUGAGCUACGACCAUCUACCUGCACGGCUGCAAAUUUGCUUUAGGUAUUGUAGUUUGUUUCCAAGGGGGCACAAAUUUUACAUGGACAAAUUGGUAGACAUGUGGGUCAGUUCUGGACUAAUACCUUUUCCCUCAAGGGAGCCUGGUGAUAGCUUACCGGCAACAGAUAAUGUUAGCAUUCUGAACCCAGUGGAUGUCGGGGAAGAGUACUUCACAGCAUUGACAAGAAAAUCAUUCUUUUGCCGUAUGCUGGAAACAGAUCCAUGUGGUGGAAACCAGAAAGAAUAUUAUGUUUUACACAGUUUGCUGCAUGACUUGGCACAACUUGUCUCUCGAGGUGAAUGCGCAAGAGUGGAUAAUGGUGGUUUCCAAGAUGUCAUGUGGACAACCCGACACAUAUCUAUUGCAAACUGUGGCAUCCUUACUCAUGAAAGAGCCCGGAAGAUAUCUUAUUUGAGGAGUUUGCGGACUCUUAUAAUAGAAAGUGAGUCCUGUCUUGAUCAAGAAACUGAACUUUUGCUUGGAGAGAUUCUGAAGAGUACAAAAUGCUUACGCCUGCUGCAAUUGUCUGUGCCAUCUCCAUUUCAUGUACUCGAUAGAUUUCCCAACCUAAUUCAUCUCCGUUAUAUUUCCUUAAUCUCAUGUGACGAGUCCCAUCUUCAUAAAAUCUUUAAAUCCUACCAUCUGCAAGUACUCAAGCUCAGCUACUUGACAGCAAAAGAACCAGACUUGAGCGACAUGUAUAAUUUACGUUGCUUACGUUCUUUGCAUAUUCCUGACAAUAUGUCAUCCAAGAUUCAUGAACUUGGAAGGUUAACCUCACUUCAGGUUUUACGUGGAUUUGAGGUGGUGCAAAAUGAUGGUAGCAGGCUGAGUACACUGAGCAAUUUAAGAAGCCUUCGUCAACUUGGCCUGAUGAAUCUUCAAAAUGUCCAAAAUUGCAGAGAAGCUAUGGAGGUCAAAUUAAAGGAAAAACAUGACAUGAGGAUUUUGCUGUUAUCAUGGAACAGAUACAAUAAUGAUACACGGCUAGAUGAUCAGAUUAUCGGCAAUCUUGAACCAAAUAGGGAAAUUCAAAUACUGCAUAUCCAUGGAUACAAUGGAUCCGUACUUCCAUUUUGGAUUGCUAAUUCCUUGCUUGUCAAUUUGGUAUCACUUGAGCUUGAGUACUGUAUUAAAUGGAAGAGCCUGCCAUCUCUUCAGGAACUAAAUUUACUCCAGCAUGUGAAGUUGCAGCAUCUUUUUCAGUUAGAAUACAUGGGAUUGGAGCUCAAGGAGCUAACUGAUACCAAUGAACCAGGGAUUGUUUGUUUACCCCGUUUUCUUCGUAGCCUAAUCAUUGGAUGGUGCCCUAACCUGAAGAUACUUCCCACUAUACCUCCUAGCCUAGAGGUACUGAUAUUAAAGCAUGUUGGGUUUAUGGUUCUUCCAGGAAUACACCAGAGGGAAUCAAAGACAUCAGUCAAAUCUGAGCUUACAUUUGUACACAUUCAAAGCUGCGCACAUCUGACUUCUCUAGAUGAAGGGUUACUAGAGUGUCAAGAACAACUUGGUUCUCUAUCUAUAUUAAUCAUAAGUCAUUGUGAAAGUCUACGCCAUCUACCAAGGAAUGGUUUUGCAGCACUGCAUCACCUGAAAUUCCUGGAAAUGGUUGCCUGUCCAUUGCUGAAGGAUGGCAAUACUGAAGGAAAUAUUCUGCCAAUUUCACUCAAGAACUUGGAUAUGAAUCCUUGCGGUAGUAUUGAUGUUUCAAUGCUCUUGUCACUUCGAAAUCUGUCCUUUCUUACAAAGUUAACACUGUUCAAUUGCACCAACCUGGAGAAACUUCCUCCGGCGGAAAUAUUUGGAACUCUGCAAGUUCUUUCUGAUCUGUCAGUAGCUAGAUGCAGAGGCUUGUUAUCCUUUGGGGGUCUUGGAGCUGUUUCUUCCCUGAGGAUGCUGUCGAUCCUAUGCUGCGACAAGCUCAACCUUUCAGACUCGCCGCAGGGUUGUUGUUCCUUUAUGCUACAAGAGCUCAGAAUCGAUUGCCAGGCCCUGUUGUUUGUGGAGCCACUUCAGAGCCUCAGAUACACUAAAGAGCUAUAUAUCUGCAAUGACUGUGCAAUGGAGUCCUUAGCCGAGGGAUGGUUGCUGCAGAAUGCUACUUCCCUCCAUUCCAUCAAGAUAGGAAUUGCCGAAUCUCUGCAAUCCUUGCCAUCUCAGAUGGAUAAGCUUGAAGCGUUACAGAGUUUGCACAUUGAAAGGGCCCCUCUGAUGAAGCUACUCCCACAACUGCCUGCCUCACUUAGCAAGCUGACAAUCUGGGGCUGUGACCCAAUGUUUAUGAAGCAGUAUGAAAAGGAUGUUGGUCCGAACUGGGGCCAGGUCAAGCACAUUGCUCAUGUGGAUAUAAAGUCCUAUUCUGAAGAUCAUCCAAGGGGGUCACAGAUGUGCAUAUGGUCAUAUGGUGCAUGUGAUAUCACUGCCAGCUACAGAAACUUAAUUACUGUCUGGAACCUCGAACUACAGAUGGGUUUCCAGGCUGAUGGGUAUGAAAUGAACCACCUUUCGAAACUCUCUUGGAAUUGUUCUGUCAGUUGAUUGCGGUUGUGGGGUCAAGGUGAAGCGCGUCGAUGAUUGUAGCUCUUGGCACUUCUUCAGGAGUACAUAAGUGUAAACUAACCAGAAAAACUGCUGAUGUCUAUACUCCUUUUUUGUGGGUGUCUGAUCUCUGUACUCUUUUUCUUUUCUUUCUUUUUUUACUAAUUUAUGCAUGGAUAAAAUUGCAUUGUCAAAUGCAAAUUACAGUUCAGAACAGUGUAGAUAUUCAUCACGCUGCCGUUGCAGAGUAAUUGCUGAACCGUAA